AGAAUCGGAUGGAUAAAAAUGAGGAUGAGGUGUUGUAAUGUUCUUAGACAUACAGGGAAGCAGCCAUAAUAAAAAUUUGUUGUUAUUGUAUUUAUGAACUGUGUCUCAACGGUUUCUUUCCUUGCCUUUUUAUGAUAUGAUGAUUCAAUCUUAAACUCUCCGAAAGAAUUGGCGUCAAUAUCUUAUCCUAUCAAACAGAUCACAUAAAAUAUUCAUUUUUUAUUAUUUAUUACCCUAACAAAUAAUGAAGUGAUUAACAAAAUUAGUAGAAAAAUACCUUUAUAAUUCAUAAACUCAAAAGACCCAGAAUUUUUUUCCCCCUAAGAAGCAUUGUUUGGUUGAAAAUCUUUGUUGAUUGAUACCCUAGACUAUUGGAAAAUUGGACACUUAAUUUUCUUGCAAUACUUUUUCCUAAGUAACCUAAUGAAUGAAAGCCAACACGGGGACGAUGAAGGCCAAUGCAUCAACCGCCCCUCCAGCCCUACCCCCACUACUACCUCUCCUGAAAACUCUGUCAAGAAUGACAAGAAAAAGAAGUCCUUUAUCCCAAAGAUUUUUUCUUACAAGAGACGAGCUAGAGGUGGCUCAUCAGACGAGGAUUUUGGAUGUGAAGGAGUUUCUUCUGAGUUGGAGAAGAAGAUUACAUCAAACACCAAAGAAUUCAUGGAAGCCGCUCCUUUCAUGAAAAAAAGUUUUUCAGAAAGAGAGGAAAGUAGUGGAGGGUUAAUCGAGGGGCUGAAUCUCUCGGAUUUCGGGUGUUCCAUGGCUUCAGCAAAGACUGAAAUUCGGGAUUUUCGGAUAUUUGUUGCCACUUGGAAUGUGGGAGGGAAGGCACCCAAUCUUGAUAUGAACCUGGAAGAUUUCUUGAUAAUGGAAGACUCUGCAGAUAUUUAUGUGUGUGGGUUUCAGGAAAUUGUGCCACUCAAUGCCGGGAAUGUUCUAGUAAUUGAAGACAAUGAACCUGCUGCAAAAUGGCUAGCCCUUAUAAACCACGCACUUAAUAAGCCAGAUUACGAUUUAACGCACCCAUCUCCCGACGCUAGCCAAAGUUCGAAACACUUCAAUACGUUAUUGAAGGAUCACUUCUUCUAUAAACCGUCACUCAAAGUCCUGAGUAGGAAUUUCAGGGCUGAAAGCAGCCUUCUCAAGACCUGCAACUGUCCCGUUGAAUCCACACAUGGGGAGAACCGAGGCCAAAAAAAGCUUAGGGAUUUAGCAAGCAAACUAGACCUUGGUCCCCUUCCUGCGCGUCGUGAUGGUGCAGUUGAUGAGUUGGUUGAACUUUCUGGUAUGCCCCCCAAUUUUUCAAGUGGCCAGAUGGGUUACCGGCUCGUAGCUAGUAAGCAGAUGGUUGGGAUUUUCCUCUCAAUAUGGGCUCGAACUGAGUUAGUGCCAUACAUUGCUCAUCUACGAGUUUCCUGCAUAGGAACAGGAAUAUUGGGACGCCUUGGUAACAAGGGAUGUAUAGCAGUAAGUAUGACAUUGCACCAGACCAGCUUCUGCUUCGUUUGCAGUCACUUAGCUUCAGGCGAGAAGGAAGGCGACGAGCUGAAGCGGAAUGCUGAUGUUAAUGAGAUACUCAAAAGCACACAGUUCCCUAAGAUUUGCAAAGCUUCAAAUCCUCGAGCCCCAGACAAAAUUAUCGAGCAUGACCGAGUAUUGUGGCUUGGAGAUUUGAACUAUCGGGUAGCCUUGAGCUAUGAAAAAACCAGGACUCUUUUGGAGGAUAAUAAUUGGGACAUCCUCCUCGAGAAAGAUCAGUUAAACAUAGAGAGAGAUGCGGGAAGAGUGUUCAAUGGUUUCAAAGAGGGACAAAUACACUUCGCUCCUACAUACAAGUACUCUGACAAUUCAGAUACAUACGCUGGUGAAACUGUUAAAUCUAAGAAGAAACGUCGAACCCCCGCAUGGUGUGAUCGGAUACUAUGGCACGGUUUUGGCAUUGAACAAUUAUGUUACGAUCGUGGUGAGUCACGAUUUUCCGAUCACCGACCUGUUUCGUCGAUGUUUUUGGUGGAGGUGGAAGUAACGAGAAAGUCUGAUAAUAAAUUCAGGAAGGGCUAUUCAUGUGCGUUAAAGAUGUCGGAAUAUGAAGAUUCGAUGCCAAAACGACAUAGUUUUUAUGAUUUGUAACUAAAAGCUUCAGUUUAUUUCGUUUAGGUCAUUAUCAAGUUUAUUUCACCUGUAUCUAUUUUCCUUUGAAAUUAUUUGAUUUUAGUUUCUCUUUACGGGCUUAAUAAA